UUCGCUCACGCCGGCCAUAUUGACGGGCCUCCGCUGCUCUCUGUCUCUCCCUCCGUCUCUCUCUCCCUCUCUCACCUUGCGCUGGAUAUUUACUGCCUAAACCUUAGUCCUCUAUUUCCCCUCUGUUCGUAUUAGCGUGCCAACGGGAUACAGAGGCUCUUAAAAAGCAGUUCAGGAUAUUUUUCUGGUCCUGUGCUUCAUUUUCAAAGGAUUUCUGGAGUUUAUCUUUAGCUCUAGGAAGACGCGGUGCUUCAGCUGAGGGCCUGCGCCAAAAGGAUUCGGGUCGUCCUGUAACGGAGGACGAGUUUUCCUUUUUUUUUUUUCCUGGAUAAGCGGCAAAGGAGGAGUUGAAGAUGCCGAAGCCGAUCAAUGUACGGGUGACUACGAUGGAUGCUGAGCUGGAGUUUGCCAUCCAGCCCAAUACCACAGGCAAACAACUCUUUGACCAGGUGGUGAAGACUGUGGGGCUGCGUGAGGUCUGGUUUUUCGGGUUGCAGUACACGGACAGUAAGGGUUAUACCACGUGGCUGAAGCUCAAUAAGAAGGUGACUCAGCAGGAUGUGAAGAAGGAGAACCCUCUGCAGUUCAAGUUCAGAGCAAAGUUCUUCCCCGAGGAUGUUUCUGAAGAGCUGAUCCAGGAGAUCACACAGCGCCUUUUCUUUCUUCAGGUGAAGGAGUCCAUUUUGAACGAUGAGAAUUAUUGUCCCCCGGAGACCGCAGUGCUUCUGGCAUCCUACUCAGUCCAGGCCAAAUAUGCCGACUACAACAAGGACAUCCACAAGCCUGGCUAUCUCGCCAAUGACAGGCUUCUACCCCAGAGAGUUCUAGAGCAACACAAGCUGACUAAAGAACAGUGGGAGGAAAGGAUACAGACUUGGCAUGAGGAGCAUAGAGGCAUGCUCAGAGAGGACUCCAUGAUGGAGUAUCUGAAAAUUGCUCAGGAUCUAGAGAUGUACGGCGUCAACUACUUUGAGAUCAAGAAUAAGAAGGGAACAGAGCUGUGGCUGGGAGUGGAUGCUCUGGGUCUCAACAUUUACGAACAUGAAGACAAGCUCACACCAAAGAUUGGCUUUCCUUGGAGUGAAAUCCGUAACAUCUCUUUCAACGACAAGAAAUUUGUCAUCAAGCCCAUCGAUAAGAAAGCACCAGAUUUCGUGUUCUACGCGCCACGGUUGCGGAUCAAUAAACGGAUCCUUGCUCUGUGCAUGGGGAACCACGAGCUUUAUAUGAGGAGGAGAAAACCAGAUACCAUCGAGGUGCAGCAGAUGAAGGCCCAAGCCAGAGAGGAGAAACACCAGAAACAAAUGGAGAGGGCUCAACUUGAAAAUGAAAAGAAGAAGCGUGAGCUUGCAGAAAAGGAGAAGGAAAGAAUAGAGCGUGAGAAGGAUGAACUGAUUGAGCGACUGAGACAGAUUGAAGAGCAAACGGCGAGAGCACAGAGAGAGCUGGAAGAACAGACACGUCGGGCUCUAGAAUUGGAACAGGAAAGGCACAGGGCAAAGGAAGAGGCUGAGCGACUGGAGAAAGAGAAACUGGCAGCCGAGGAGGCCCGAACAGCACUGGCCAAACAAGCAGCAGAUCAGAUGAAGAACCAAGAACAACUGGCUGCAGAACUGGGUGAGUUCACUGCCAAAAUUGCCCUGCUGGAGGAGGCUAAGAGAAAAAAGGAAGAGGAGGCCAAUGAAUGGCAGCACAAAGCUAUUUCAGCUCAGGAGGAUCUGGAAAAGACCAAAGAAGAGCUGAAGAAUGUGAUGACAGCGGCAGUACCAGCAGGCAGCUCAGCGGAGAACGAGCAUGACGAGCAUGAUGAGAGCAGCGCCGAGGCCAGUGCCGAGCUCUCCAACGACGGCGUGGCGCAUCCACACACCGAGGAAGAGCGCCUCACUGAAGCCCAGAAAAAUGAGCGUGUCAAGAAGCAGCUCCAGGCCCUGAGCUCAGAGUUAGCGCAGGCCCGGGACGACUCUAAGAAGACGCAGAAUGACAUGCUGCAUGCCGAGAACGUCAAGGCUGGCCGCGACAAGUACAAGACACUGCGCCAGAUCCGCCAGGGAAACACCAAGCAACGAAUUGAUGAGUUCGAGUCCAUGUGAGGAGCGCUGACCCCUGAACCCUGACCCUCCCCCGGCCCACUUUCCUGCCCCACUCUUAAAGCUGCAGCCCUGAUGCCUUGGCAGCUGGCUUAUAAGCACAGCUUUCAUUCUUUCUGUUUUUUUUUGUUUUUUUUAAACCAGCUCAUCCCACCAUAUGACCUUUAACCCAUGGAGCCUGAUGAUAUAAUUCUACUCUGCAGAGAGGCUAGAGGGACGUGGUCGCCACUUUCCCCUCACACUUUGCCAAAGCUGUCACCGUCAGCCAAUCAGGCUGCUUGAUUUCAAGCUCCUCCCACUAGAAUCAUCCACUUAGGAGCAAGCUUUGUAUCAUAUCUUUAUGAAUAUUUGAAAUUAUUUUUUUUCUUUAAAUGAUAGUAGAGAUACUAAAAUGGAAAUGUCAUUUUAGAGAGAAAUAAGGAAAUAGCAAAGAGAUCAAAAUUUUAUCAAAAUGGCCAUUAAUUCUUUUUCUUCAUUUAUUAGAAAGUUUGCCCACUUUAUACACUUUAUUCACUGUCUUGAUUUACAAAGAGCUCAGAGUAUCUAGUAAGUUUCUUUAGUUCCUCACCCAUUUUAUUAACACGCUGCUUUUAAUUUCUGCUGUUAGCAAGUUUCAACUUGGAUGGCGGGUCUUGUUUGGGAUUUUCACCUCCACUUUCCCCCAGUGAGCACACAAAAUAUCUCUUCAUGACAAUAAAUGCAAAAACAACCUGUUAAAUAUCGAAUAAUUCAAUAAGAAUCAAAUAACCAAAACUACGGAUCACCAAAGGGAAGCUGUUGUCUGCGUCUGCGUUGUGUGAAAGAUUCAAACGGAAAAGUCAUUUAAGAUGAUGAGCGCUGGUUUUGAGAAAUGUGAGUUGAUGUAAGAUUUGGAGUCGAUUAAGCCGUGUUGGGACAUUUCACAGCCUGGUGUUUUCUUUUUGUUCCGUCCUCAGACUCCCAGUGUUUCACGUCCAGUCUCCAUAUGGAUGGUUUUCCCUGCCUGCCGGCUCACAAAGGUCACGUCAGAUAGGCAGACAGAGCAGCUGCUUAAGUGUGUCAGUGUGUAAGAUGAAGUGUGUGUGAGUGUGUGCAGAUCUGUCUACCUCUCUGUGUGUGUGUGUGUGUGCAUGUGUGUGUGUGUGUGAUGUGUGUGAAUAGUGAAAGCCUUUCUGGCCGGGGAGCAUAUGAAAACAUCAGUCCUGGCAUCAGGACGGCUCUCUACCUCAUUACUGUAAAGCGUGGAGACUGAAUUGUCAAACACUGAGUGUGCUGUGAGACAGGAAAGACAGGUGAGACAGUUUUCUGCUCUAGGUGUAGCGUUAAUGUCAUCUCGCCGUGUGUGUGUGUGUGUGAUUAGUCUCAGUAUGAAUUCAGAGCUCAGUAUUAUGUCCAGAUCCAGAUUAAGUAGUGUUGUUCACCGCCUUCACCAUGUGAUCCUAUAGAGCUAAUGAAAUGCGAUACCAAAGCUGUCCUGACGCAGAAACUGUGGCGAGUUUAGAGCAGCACAAUGCCAUGGUCAUGUGUAGCAAACUCGAACCCGUGAUUGUCUUUGUUUCGUUCUUCUUUUACUUCAAAAGACAGCAUUUUGUGUGUAUUUGAUUAUAAAAGUAAAGAUUUGGAAGAGCGAGUUUGUCAUGGUGUUUUUCCUCUCUCCUUGCUUUCUUGCCUCCCAAUGAGAUUAAAGCGAAUAAAGAUGACAAGAAGGAAGUUUAUACAUCAAGGACAAUCCAUCUCCUGGGUUAUUCCUAUGUUCAUUCUUGACCGUAUCUGUUACAUGCACAUCUUGUGUGAAGAGAAAGCUGACCAGUGAAAUCGUUUACCUGUUAAAUUUUCCCCCACAACUACACCAACCCUUUAUACAAAUUUCUAAAAAAAAAAAAAAAAAAUACUUGAUUAAAAAUGAAGGAGUAUUUUGUGUAAUAAUCUGGAUUUUUCAUUUUGUAUCUUGCAACAUGAAUAUUGUUUAAUUUUAUGCUAGUGAAGGCAGAAAAGGUCAAAAAGCACUUGUUUUGGUGGUCGAGACACUAAAGCUUCAAACAAACCCAGCGUUUUAUUCAAGUGUCCAGGAAUUGCCAUAGAAAGAGAAAAUUCUGUGCUUCCAUUUUUUUUUUUAUUGCUUUAUAAAUUUGAACCACCAGUUAGCACGCUAGUUUUCACUAAAGGGGAAAGGGUUGCUACCUUGAUGCCACGAUGGUAUAAUGUUGUUGCUUUGAGUUAUUGUUUUUUUUUUGUUUUGUUUUGUUUUGUUUUGUUUUUUUUGGUCGGGUGGAUUUUGGCCUGUUGGCUUUGGAGUGAUUGGGGGAAACAACAACCAGAGCAAAGGUGACACUGCUGCUUCUGGAACCAGCUUUUUUUUUUUUUUUCCCCCAUCCCCCCCUUUUUAUGUUUAUAUAGCUUUAUGUUACAUAGAAAUCACAGUCAAGCUUUGUUCAUGACUAUGUAUGUAAAAAAUAAAGAUGAAAUAUGUA